CCCUGGGCCCGGGCCCCCGAGGAGCCAGAAUCCUGGAGGCCCCCAAUCCCAGGAGUCAUGUCCCUGCGCCCCGGCCCCCGGGAGACAUAAUCCCUGCGCCCCCGCCGGGCCCCUAGGAACCGCGUCCACAAGUCCCGGGGGCCGGCGUGGCAGGCGCCGGGCUCACUCCGGGAGGGGGCGGGCGCCGCGAGCCCCUUCCCGCAGGGGCGCCUGUGCCGUUGCCCGGCGGCCGGGGAGCCCGGGGGCCGCGGGGGACAGGAGCGCAGCGGACAGAGAGGCCUGGGCGCCGCCGGUCCGUGUUGCUGUUUGCGCUGCGGGCGCGCAGUGCCCCCUGCCCGCCCGCCCGCUGCUCCCCCGCCCGCUCCAACAUGCCCUCAGUGCGCCUGCCGCCGCGCCCCGGGCGCUAGACCGCGCGGCCGCCAUGGGGAAUGGGAUGAACAAGAUCCUGCCUGGCCUGUAUAUCGGCAACUUCAAAGAUGCCAGAGAUGCAGAGCAAUUGAGCAAGAACAAGGUGACACACAUUCUGUCUGUGCACGACAGUGCCAGGCCAACCUUGGAGGGGGUUAAAUACCUGUGCAUUCCAGCAGCGGAUUCACCAUCUCAAAACCUGACAAGACAUUUCAAAGAAAGUAUUCAAUUCAUCCACGAGUGCCGCCUGCGAGGUGAGGGCUGCCUUGUUCACUGGUUUCUGCAGGGACUGUUGAGGUCACGACACAGAAACUCCUUUUCCAGCCUUCCUCAAAGAGAUCCCGUCAGGAUAUGGGCUCCACCCAGUGCCCGUUCAAAACACUGCUUCUUGCCGGAGACUUUUGACUGCAUGUGUGGGUGUUUAGCAGUGCGUUACUGUCACACCGAAAUGACCAUCUCUUCUCAGUUUAUAGAUUGGAGCUUUUAUGUGUUUGGGGCUUAUACUUUGCUUUGAGGAGAACUAAAUAGACUCUUAGAAUUGAGCAGUUCCUACGCAGCUAUCCACCUGCAUUCAGCCGCCGUCUGUGUGGUACCUACGCACACACCUGUGCGCACAUCGUGCAGAGAAAGCUUCUCUGAGACACAGAACUCAAGCACAGUGCCCUGCACCUGACACGUCGCAAGCACUCAGGGGAAUGCGGGCCCUCGUUUCAUCACUGCCCAUUUUCAUUGUUCUUUUAAAAAGAGCAGGACGUGUAAUAAACGCAAAGUGCGGGUUGUAUGACAUUUGCUCACAUUUGCUUCAGAACGCUUCGGUGCAGUCAGAGGCGUUUCAAGGGGCCCUGGGGUCCUGUACCUGGGGAGUUAGCAUCUGCCCGCUGCAGCCCAAGAGGAUGUAUUUUUUUUUUAACGCUCUCUCAGUUUUUCUGAUACACAGGAAGAACCGCUACUUGAGAGUGGGUUUUUACUAUUAUUAUUAUUUAUAUUUGAAUAUGUGCAGGCCUGAUAUUCUAGGAAUUUGUAUCUCAUACAGUUGUGUCAGUUUGAAGAUAGGCUUUUCUAAAAAUGAGAAAUUUGCUAAACUUCCCCAUCUUAAACCGUUGCUGAGCACUCCAAGUCUGACGCAGCACAACCUCUCUGUGACCGCCUUAAUUUGCAUGUGCAUUUAAAACCGGUCCCCUUCCUCAGCCUGUGAGAGAAAAUCGACCGUUAUGGCCUGCAGAGCGCGCCCACGCUGGCACUCUGCUUAUGUAUAUGAAGAUCACAAAAUAUUUGGUAAGGGCUUCUGUAUUUAAUGAGUUUUUUAAGUAAUAGGCUUGGCCCUUAUAUCCCUAAGAAAACCAGACUUUAAAAACGUGAAGCUGUCUAAACGGCUGCAGAUUAUAACUGGGUUUGUGGCUCAGAUCCUGGACCCCUCCAGUCCCUGGAUGUCCUUUAGUUACUUUAUCUGUCCAGGGAAAUGGGGACUGUCUGAAGAGGAGCUCGGGAGCAAUAGAGAAUCAGAAAAUGAAGUGUCCGGAGACACAGCCAGUAGAAAACCAGUAAAAAAAAAAAAAAAAAAAAAAUGAGGCUACACAGGUGAAGAAUGCCUGAGAGUCUAGCGUCAUAAGCUAGAGAGAGCUGGUACGUUCUGAGUAAUUUCCUAGUGACGUACUGGCUUGCUGUCCGCUCGUACUCUGAGGCGGGAAGGCUUCCUCAGUGAGCCCUCCGAGUCCCCGACCCUCCCUUGCCUGUGUGGUUCUUGGCC